AUGACCUCCAGUAAAGACAUGAAGGCAGGCUCGGUGUUGCAGUCCAGCGGUGAGGAGAGGAGACGGGGUCCCUUGGACCAGCUUCCACCCCCGGCCAACUCCAACAAGCCACUGACGCCGUUCAGCAUUGAGGAUAUCCUAAGCAAACCCUCUGUGAAGAAGUCAGUUGCAAAUCUCUGUCCGCCGAGAGUUAUUGAAAAAGUGUCCGGCUCAAAUGCAGCAAGGAACGGUAUUAGCACUCCCUCUUCGCCGUUAUGCGCUCUGGAGGAAUUAGCCAGCAAAACAUUUAAAGGUCUGGAAGUCAGCGUUAUACAAGCAGCUGAAGGCCGUGAGCAUGUAAACGCCUUUGGACAGAGGCAAACCUCAAAAAAGAGGAGAAAGUCCCGGACAGCUUUCACCAACCAUCAGAUAUAUGAACUUGAGAAGCGCUUUUUGUACCAGAAAUAUCUGUCUCCGGCCGAUCGAGACCAGAUAGCUCAGCAACUGGGGCUAACCAAUGCUCAGGUCAUCACCUGGUUUCAGAACAGACGGGCCAAGCUCAAGAGAGACUUGGAAGAGAUGAAAGCAGACGUGGAGUCGCUCAAAAAAGUCCCACCACAAACCCUGCAAAAGCUAGUCAACAUGGAAGACAAUGACGACCUGCAAGGAAGCUCUGGAGCAAUAUCCCCUAGCAUCUCCCCGUCGUCACAAGGACACGGAGCAUUUCCUCAGUCCCCCUCCUCAUCCAGAGACCAAACCACGGACGAAUUCUCAGAGGAAGAAGAGAUUGAGGUGGACGAUUGACAGUAGGCCCAUGUUUUAAGAAAGCGCAUUUUUCAAAACUUUUGCACGGAUAUUGACGUUGAUAGCAGUUAAACUUAAAAGAAAAGUUUUCUUUCUCCUCUUCUCCAUUUUAAUUACAUUAAUGGGACUUUAAAGCCUUCUAGAUGUCCCCGUUUCAAUUUCACCCAUUUAUUUGAGGAAUACCUAUUUAUUUCAAUAGGUAAUGAAACAUACUUAGUGUUAAAGUACACGAUCAAGACCGCUAAGUAUGUGU